AUGUCCGACGCCGAGGACGAGGCGCAGACCCCGGAGACGCUCCGAGCCAAGCUCCGAGAGUACGAGGACAAUCUCGCCGACGUCGAGGACGCGCUGCGGGAGGAUCCGAGCGAUGCGGAGAUGCGAGAGAUGAAGGAUUCGCUCGUCGAGGUCAUCGGCAUCACUCGAGACGUGCUGGAGACGACGCUGAGCGCGCUCGAGGCGGCGAACGCGAACGAUGGCGACGCGAGAGAGACGACGGUGGAGGUGGCGACGGCGACGCCGACGAGUUUGGCGCGGACGUUCGUGGGAAGGGACGUGUUGGUCGGGGACGCCGAGCGCAGAGGACGGUGCGUGCGAGUGCGCGAGGACGGGAAGUUGGACGUGUACGUGGGAGAGACGCACGAGCGCGUGGUCGUGGACGUGACGGAGGUGAAGAUAGACUUUGGUGAUCGUGGGCGCUCGGCGGCGGCGGCGGCGGCGGCGGCGGCGGCGCCGAGGGAGGUGUACAAAGGCGUCCCAGAGCCGAAGCGGUUCGUCGAGCACACGAUGAAAACCGAGUACACGCGAAAGGAAGCACCGAGGAACUUGUUGAUCAAACCCACGGACGACGCGGUGACGAUGGAGGCGAAGCGAAAGAAGCUGAAGGCGUUUAAACGUCGACAGCGUCAGCAGGAGGUUGCGGCGGAGCACAACGCCAAGGCGAGCAGCUGGCAAAAUUUUCAGGCGAAGAAACGAAAAACGACGGGAAUUCAGAAGGGGUCGAUCUUCGCCUUACCGGACGAUUUAUCCGUGGCCAAGGGUGUGGGAUUCGGCGGUGCGGCUCGAGGUUUAACCCACGCGCCACCGAAGCGGAAGCAUAACGCGGAUUUUGGCGGCGAGGACUCGGGUCAGGAAUAA